AUGUAUCGGAAGUUGUCUAAGUUAGAACACUCGGAAAUAAAACAACUUCUUACAGAAGCUAAUAUAGAUGUUGCAAAGCAUUACGCAACAAACAAAAAAGCACUCGCUGACAUCCUCAAUGACUAUAAUGGUGCAAUAAGUUAUGAUAGAAUUCAUGAGUUCAUAAAGCCGCAACGCGGCGAGGACGAAGUCCAUGCAAGAGCAUUUCCUUUAAAUGACAUUGCUAUUGACUUAUAUCAUAGACGUUCAGUACCACAUGAAGUAAGAAGAGAAAUGUUUGACAUAACAAAUGCAAACGUUGGUGAAACAAGAAGAGCUGUACCACAUGAAGUAAGAAGAGAAAUGUUUGACAUAACAAAUGCAAACGUUGGUGAAACACGAAAGAGAGAUGACACACUGAAACAACAGAGAAGAGAGAUGUUUAAAAGUGCUAUAGAACAAGUUCGCAAAGCUAACGAUGUCAUUCGUUCCAUUGACGACAAACCAAAAGAAG